CUUUGCCGUCACAGGGCUGCUUCACGGUCACAAUGCAUCGUCAGUCUGUUUUACGACUGGCUCGCCAGUCCGGGGCUUUCCCGCUGGCCGAAUUGCCCCCUCCAUACCUCGCCCCGUCUCUCCAUUUCUCCAUGAACCGCUCGACCGUUCAGUGCUCGAACUUUUCUUCCACCGCCGCUGUCGCCGCUGGCCGUGGUGAUCUCAACAAAGUCCGCGCCGUGUCCGCUAUUCACCGCACUGGCCCCAAGUACCGAUUGGGCGUGUCGAAAUACCCAUUGCCUAAGCCAGUUUCCCCAGACGCUCUUCCGAAGCGCAAUGCCGCACCAGACCAUGGACUCUGGGGUUUCUUCCCCACGGACCGGACCGCUUUGAGCACGCCGACAUACGACAUCGAAUGCGGCCGCUCGUGGUCGAUUCAGGAACUCCGUGAGAAGUCAUGGGACGAUCUCCAUUCCCUGUGGUGGGUCUGCGUCAAGGAGCGCAAUCGCAUAGCUACGAGCGAUAUGGAAAGGAAGAGACUGAAGGCUGGUUAUGGAGAGUGGGAAUCCGCUGAGCGGGAUCGUGUGAUCCGCGUCACGCAAAACGGCAUCAAGCACGUUCUUCGGGAAAGAUGGUACGCCUGGGAGGAGGCCCAGCGUCUCUACAGAAAGGGCUACCGGCCCCAGGAGGAUAGCCAGGAGUAAGGGCAUCAGCUCCACGAGAGAUAUCACAAAAGGAACCGGGGUUUGAAUCUAGGAGCUCCGAUAGAAACUAUUGGUCUGUACUUUUGUAUGUAGUAGUAUGUAGUAUAUGUUCUCUUAUUAUUGGCAACGUUUUUUUUUUUGGUUUACUU